AUGCGCGCGCUGGCCUUCGUGGCCUUCGUGGCCUUCGUCGCCUGCGCGGCGGUGGAGUCAGACCGCUGGCGCCUGGUGGGCCGAGACGCUGGGCUGACCUGGGCGGUGGAACGGGUGACCUUCUACUCCGAUGCCGCCUGCACCACGGAGAUCCAGGCCAGACCCUUCCGCAGUCUGCAGGGCAACGGCCUCCGCUACGACGGCAGCGCCUUCUCGGGGCCGAAGUACGUGCGGCCCACAGGGCUUCCCGCAGACGCCUUUGAGGCAACUGGAGUGGCCUGGGAGACGGGCGUGCCGUGCGCGGCCUCAGGUGACGUUUGCUUCCUGGGCUUCCAGUGGCUCAGCGACCAGGUGGACAGCUCCGGAGGCUUCGCCACCCUGAGCGUGCUGCAGCGUGGCUCGGUCUCGCCGCGGUGCGUGGGGGUGGAGCAGAGCACCGAGGCCAGCCGCUUCGCCAGCUCCAUCCUGGUCCAGUACUGGUCCCAAAGCCUCAGGGCCUGGCAGGACCACACGUUGGUGAGCGGGCUCACGGGGGGCGCGGCCUCACUUCGCCUGCCGGAGGCAAAGGGUCCGCGAUGUGCCUCUUGCUCGCUGAGUAGAGUCGCGCUGAGCGCUGACCGCCCCGAGCGACGGAUGCGUCUUCGAGCCCCGGCGCCCCGAGAAGUGCCCGCCGGACGCAUCAUGGACGCCGGGCGGGUGGUCUUCGCUGACGGCAGCCGUGUGCUGACUGACCUCGCGAUGUCCUACACCACUGAUGGCGACACCUACUGCGUUGCGCCCGUCACGACCAACCGGGGCACCAAGAACCAGGCCGGGGCCGAGCUGAGUCUCCCCCGAUCCCACAUCGCCAUGGCGCGCCUGCGGAACGAGAACUUCUUCAAGGCCGCGGCGGGCGACGCCGACGGCUCGGCGGGGAAGGUGCGGAGGGCAAACCAGCGCUGCGCAGAGACGGGGACGCUGAACCUGUCCGCGCAGCGGCUCACAGGCUGCCUGCCGGAGACGGUGUGCGGGUUCCAGGACGCCAGCUGGGCGGAGAACUGGUGGGAGCAGAGUCCGGUGCUGAAGCUGGACAUCUCUCUGAACGCGCUGGAGGAGAUCCCCUCCUCCAUCGGAAACCUUGCGGAAUGCGAGUCCGUGUUGGCAUACAGCAACCAGCUCCGCGCGGUGCCGAAGGAGCUCUUUGCGCUGCCCUUGAAGCAGCUGAACCUGAAGAGCAACCUCCUGGCGGCACUGCCGAGAACUCCGCUGCCGGAGACGCUGGUGGAGCUGGUGCUGUCUGAGAACCGCCUAACGGAGCUGCCGGAAGCCUGGCCGGAGACCCUGGAGGCGCUGGAGUUGGCGAGCAAUGCGCUGCAAAGUCUACGCCUCGCUGGCUGUGAGCGCCUGAAGCGCCUGGACCUCUCGGGCAACGCCUUGCGCCGGUUGCCGGACCUGAGCCGAAAGCCGCUGAGGGAGCUGCAGGCGUCCAAGAACCAGCUGCAGCAGGUGAGCCUGGAGGGCUGCGCCAGCUUGGUGCUGCUGGACCUGUCAGCGAACCAGCUGCAGCAGCUGGCUUUGCCUUCGAUGCCAAGCCUCGACUCUUUGAACGUCUCAGGGAACCAGCUGAAGGACUUGGACUUGGGGCCGUUGCCCAAGCUGACGGUGCUCAUGGCAGAGAGCAACAAGCUGCGGGCCUUCCCGGCGGCGGUGCCGAGUUUAGUCCCGCGCCUCAGCACGCUGGACCUGUCCAACAACGACAUCUCUCAGGUCCCUCCUGAGCUGGGCCUGGUGAAGGACCUCACGCGCCUGGCGCUGGCGGGGAACCCCAUCCGCACCAUCCGCCCGGAGCUUCUGCGAGGAGGCGCCGAGGCGCUGAAGAAGUUCCUCCGGUCGCGGCUGGCGGAUGCGGACGAAGGCGAGCCGGUUCCGCGCGGCGGCGGCGCGUGCGGCGCGGACCUCACGGCGGAGCUGCGGGAGGCAAAGGCCACGGGGCAGCUGCUGCUGCCGCGGCGGGGUUUGACGCAGCUGCCGGAGCUGCCGGGGAAGCUGAAGGUGCUGGACGUCUCGGGGAACGCCCUUGGCCCACAGGCACUUGAGCGCCUGGAGGUGGCGCGCCUGGUGCUGAGGGACAAUGCCUUGGAAGGCCUGGAGGUGGCCGGUCUGCUGAGCCCAGUGCUCCAGGAGUUGGACCUCAGCCGCUGCGGCCUGCGCUCCCUGGGCGCCAGCUUCGCGAGAAGCGGCGGUUUCGUCUCUGCGCCGGCGCUGGGCUUCGCGGAUUUCUCGGGCAACGACCUGGGCGCGGCGCCUGCCGCGCUGGCGGCGCUGCUGAGGGCGGCGCCCAAGCUGCGGGAGUUGCGCCUGGGGAACUGCAGGCUCACUUCGCUGGAUGCCUGGGAGGAUUCGGGCCACCCGCUGAGUACCCUGGAUCUCGAGGGCAACCGCUUGGCUGCCGUGCCACCCUGGCUGCCGCAGGUCUUUCCGCAGCUCCAUUCCCUUGUGCUGGCGAACAACGAACUGGGCGCUUUGCCCGUGGAGAUGGGCUUUUGGCCAAGCCUCCAGGUGGUGUCCCUGGCAGGGAACCCCUUGAAGGCCAUGCGCCAGUCCCUGCUGCAGCGGGGCUGGCCCCAAGUGGCCGCCUACCUCCGCGACAAGGCGCCGCCCGCGCCGCCCGCGCCCGCGCCGCCCGCCCCUGCGGCAGUGGAGGCUGUGGGAGCCUACGAUGCGCCGCCUCGCGCGCCCCCGUUUCCGUCGGGCAUUGAAGAAGCCCGCGACGACCAGUUGAGCAAACUGCGACAAGGAGUCGCGGCGCUAGAGGACGAGAUGGCGCAGCCGGGCCUGGGCAGGCAGCGCGUGUCUGUGCUGACGCACAGCCUUCGCAUGAAGCGCGCCGAGCUGCUGAAGGCUGAGAAAGCCGCCGAGCGGCGGCGAGAGAUGGACGCCCAGUGA